UUUUGAUCAAGUGAAAUUAUCUAUGAUGUCUAUUUAGAAAAUAAUUAAUUUUUGCUUAUGUGUAACUAUAUAUUAAUUUAUAUUUUCUGAAUUAAUUCCAAUCGAGAUUCGUAAACCUGAUUGUUAAAUGUGGAGUUAAAUAGGAUUUUUUAAGUGUUUAAGAAAUUAGAAAUUAUAUUUUUUAGGUCACAGAUAGAGUAUUUACACUUUUAGAAUUAUUGAAAGUACAUCUAAAAUUUAAAAUAUGAAUUCGAACUUUGAAGAUUUGCUUAAAGCACUGGGAAAAGAACAGAGCAGCAAAAAUAUUUAUAAGAUCUUGUACAAUAUAAGGAAAGAAGUUGAAUGGCCCAAAAACAAAGAAAAUAUUAAUAAGAUACACAGAGAAGGAACAAUUAUCCAUUUUAUAAGUAAUCUUCAAUCGUCUCAUAAACAUAUCGUUGAUUUGUGCCUCAGUAUAUUGGGAAACUUAUUUUUGGACAAAAAUUGUGCUGAAGAUGCAGUCCUGAGUUUCGAAGUGUUACCAGCUUUGGUAAAGGUCUUAAAACGUUAUGCUAAGGAGGAUAGUAUAAUUGGAAGAUCAUAUAAAGCAAUAGGCAACCUAUGCCAACAACUAAAUUACUGUGCAAUUACAAUUAUUAAUGAAUCACCUUAUAUUAUAACACAAUUGUCUGAGGUAUUAGAAUCCUUUUCUAAUCAAGCAGAUAGUAAUAUUUUAUAUUCUGAAGCAACAAUAAUGAUGGUCAUAAGAGCAUUAAGGUGCAUUACCAAUCCGUCAACUGUUAGAUUCCUAACAGUAAAAUUUCAAAUUUUGUCGGCUCUAGGAGCCGUUCUUAUAAAGUUGUGUAAUGAUUGGACACAGAAUAAGACUCACGAAAAACUCUUAGAAAUCAUCAUUGAUAUACUCUACGGUUUUUCUAAGUAUAAAGAUUACAUAAUUAUAAAUGUAUUAAAAAAUACAAAGAAGGGGAAUGCAAUGGAGAAAUUGGCCGAUUUAUUAACGCUGAAUAAUAAGAAGAUAAUGAAAAUUAUUAUGAAUUUUAUUAAGAUUAGUAAACUUAAGUCUGAUCUGCCAGUACCAGAGAUUGUUAAUAAGUUUGUUGAAGAAGUGUUUGGAAAGUAUAUUGAUCCAGAAAAUGGUGAGUUUAACACUGAAUCGUUUCAAUAUAUCGACUGUCUUUGUUACCUUUUCGAACAUCCAGCCAACAGAAACGCUUAUCAGUGUGCCAAAUUGAUUCCUCUUUUAAUCAAAAUACUGGAAAAGUUAAAUUCAGAUGACACUCAUCUUCGGUGCUGUAUAUUGAUAGUUAAUACUUUAAACAAGUGCAAAUACGAAGAGAAUCUACUACAAGAACAGUUAAAAUGUAACAUUAUAGAUAUUUUGAUAAAAAAGCUGCAGCUGUUAGCCACAGAAGACUUUUAUACGAAUCAUAAAGUAAUUAAUCUAAAGAGGUCUCAAGAAGUACAAAACGAUCAAAAAGAAAGUGAUGGCAAAAAGAAAAAAAAAUCUUGUACGUAUUGCACAGAAGUUCAUUCAGUGGGUCAAAUGCCUCCUAAUUGUGUAUCUGCCAAAGCUGCUGACCAUUCCCCACGUCGACAGUAUUCGCCUGUAUCGUCAGGCUUCAGUGACGAUGAACCAAGUCAUUGCUUGCCUGGUUUUAGUAGAAGCCCCAGUCCCUGUUCAAGUUCCAGCAGUGACUACACUGGAUUGUCUUGGCCUUCCCCUCAGUCAAGAACUUCCUUAAACGUCGACGCAUCCUUUUCGGAUUCAGAUUAUUACUCCCCAGUUUGCAGUGAAGACGAAGAUGAAGAAUAUCCUGUCAGUACGAAUUUAACUGAUUUUUUUGAAGUUCUAGACCGGCAUGGGACAUUUGAGAAGCAGGAAGAAGAUGCAUUUGAUCACAAGGUAGAGGUACCACAAGGCACUACAAAUAUGCUAGAAAAACGAUUGAUACUAGCAAUAAGAGAAUUAAUCAAUUCAUACGUGAAACUUAAACCUCCCGUAUCCCAACUAGGAUCUGAAGACUUUCUUCUAGCAAUCAUCAAUGCAACAGAAUUCUUCGUUGAUGGAAAAACUCUCAGCAAAUUCAUACUUCAUCGCACAAUUAAUACGGUGGCACUAAUUUUACAUUCCCCUGUGUAUUUACUACCGCUUAUGAAAACGCCAUUCAUUGAAAAAAUAAGCAAGCUGACCGAGUACAUUCACUCAGUAAAUUGCGAGAUCUGCUACCGUUUUAAUUUUGUAGCAAAUGAAGUAUUGAAGAAAUUAACGGAAAUUGCAGAAAGCGCUGUGGGAAAGGGGAAUCUGGCUCAUGAAUUACUCAGAGGAAGUGAUGAAUUCCGAACGCAACUGGUAUUAAGCAUUAUAUAUGUCGUUGAAAACAAGUCAAUACUUUUCAAGCUACUUCUUAAUUGUGGAGGACUAAAUACCAUCAUGAGCAUUCUGCGAGGAGAUUCGAUUUGCAAGAACCAAUCCAUAAAAGGCAUUUGUAUUCUGGCCUGCAAAAGAUUAAAGAUAAAAAAUCCCAAGGCUGUAGCUAUUAAAUUAGGAUUCGGUGUAAAAGAUCAGAUGAAACCGUCUGAAAACCCAGUCAAUGUUGUAACUUUCAAAUUAGAUGAUGGAAUGUGUAUCAAAGCCGAUAGAGAUUAUUUGACGAAUAAGUCAGAUUACUUUAAUAGGCUGCUUACAGGUCACUUCAAAGAAAGCAGUGAGGAUGAAAUACACUUGCAUGACGUGAAAUCGCAAACUUUGAACUGUUUGCUACAAAUAUUGACUGAUAAAGAUAUAUGGCACAAAGCUGACAUUGACACUUUACUGGACGUCAUUCUACUAAGUGAUGGAUAUUUAAUGAAUGACUUGAGUUGUUUCGUUACCAACUUUGUAGAAAAGCACAGAAUCAAUUGUAUGACAGUACCGACAAUUUACAGGUGGUCCUUAGAAUCUGGAUUAAACUUGCUCAGAGUAGAAUCGGUAGCUUAUGCACUUGUAGCUCACAUUCCUGAUGUUAGUAGGUUUAAGAUGUUCGAUUCCUUAUUCGCUCUUGGAUAUUCAGAUGAACUAACGGAUGACAUUGAAAAGCUUCUUCUUAGAUACUUGAAUUCGUUUCAGAAUUAAUUUUGUGAUAUUACUUGUAAGAAUGAUAUUAUCGACUGAAAAUAAUAUAUUUGUAUGUCUAAUCAUGAGUGUAUAAUUAAUUAAAUAAUCUGAAAUAAG